CUUGCGAUGACCUCAUCCCUGGUGUGGGAUGACGUCAAAUUCAAGAUGGAUGGAAUCACGACCAGUGCGCAGAAAGCUCCACAACAGUGAAGAAAGUGGUGGCGGCGCGGAGGAAAGAGCGUGUUCACGACGUGCAGGCCAUGGAGAGCCUAGUGCAUUACAGUAACCCCUCCCAUGCCCUCUCAGUGUUUGGGGUUCUCAAUGAGCAGCGACUGAGGGGCAAGAUGUGCGACGUAGUCCUGGUCGUGGCAGACCAGAGGUACCAGGCCCAUAAGUGUGUUCUGGCCGCCUGCAGUGAGUAUUUCCAGUCCUUGUUCACACGGAUGGAUGCAGAGACACAGAAAGUUGUAAACCUGGACUUCUGUGAGCCCGAUGCCUUCGAGAUGGUUCUGAAUUACAUUUACUCCUCCUCACUCUUUGUGGACAAAGGCAGCCUUGCAGCCAUUCAAGAGCUGGGCUACAGCCUCGGAAUCCCUUUCCUCACCAACAUUGUGUCAGCACGACCCCAUGCAUCGUACUGUGUGUCUAGAAAAAGGCUUUCGUUCUCUGAAGGGGAUGAGAAUGAUGUCCAAACAAGGAGUGUCAUUGUGCGUCGGGUGCGGAAUGACACAACCCAUCCCUCUCGCUCAAAUUAUCAGAAAAAAACAUCAGAGAUAUCAUUAUCUCCCCUCUCCUCUCGGGAGGCUGCUCAGCCACCAUCAGAACACAACUCGCACGAAUCAGUCAGGAAAUCUGAAUCCAUCAAAAGGAAAUCCACUGAUCAGAGGGAAGCUGCUGAGAGGAAGUCCACCAAUCCUUACUCCUCCAUAUUAAAAGGGAAUUCAUCACACAUCACAUUUGUGAGGCCUCAGCUGACAUCAUCUGUGUCUUUCAGUGAUGCUGAAAUGCAGCACGUAAGGAUGCAGUCUGGCAUUGACCAAGGUACUAAAGAGGAGAAUAAGGACCAGGACCAGCUCUACCACACCAAAGUGCCCUUUGAGGGUCAGGCCAGUGAGCCAAGCCAGACCAUUGACAGGAGCGGGCCACUGAUAAAAAGCCUCCUCCGAAGAUCAUUAUCCAUGGACAGCCCCGUUCCAGUCUUCUCUCCCACGCUGGAGCUGAAGGAGCUGCAGAAUCGAGAACAGUCGGUUGUUAAAAUGGCAUCAAAAGUGUGUGGGCCGGAAACAUCUGCUCAAAAUGGUAAUUCAAAAAAAGCAUCUCCUCUGGUUCUCAGGUCAAAGUACCCCAGCACGUGUGAUGAAGAAACUCAGGUAGAAAGAGAGGUCAGUGUGAAAGCUGAGCCAAGCAGUCCACUCGGCGACCCCAUGGACAUAAUCCGGAUCACAGUGGGAGAUUCUUUGCCAGUCAAUCUUAAAGACUUGCAAACCAACUAUGACCAAGGAUCCAGGAUAGACUUCAAUCCUCUGGGGAAAAGGAAGGAGAGGCCAGACAACAGAAGAUAUCCUUUCAAGAAGAACAAACUUUUUAAAGAACAUACCCUCCCACCUGAUGAGAACAUGUCAGAAACAGUACCUCAGAGUGUCAGCAGUGAAUCUAUUGAGAACAGUGCAGAGCUGUCUAACAACAAGAUUUUCAAAUGCUGGAACUGUCUGAAAGUUUUCAGGUCUAGUGCUGGACUACAUCGACAUGUAAAUAUGUAUCACAAUCCCGAUAAGCCGUAUGCUUGCGACAUCUGCCACAAGCGCUUUCAUACAAAUUUCAAAGUGUGGACACACUGCCAAACUCAGCAUGGUGUCGUACAAAACCCAGCCUCGUCCUCCAGCUCCUCUGUACUGGAUGAGAAAUUUCAAAAGAAGUUGAUAGAUAUUGUGCGGGAGAGAGAAAUAAAGAAAGCUUUGCUCUGGAAGUUAAAGAGGAAUAAGCAGGGCUUCCAGUCUCCGGUUCUUAACAAGAAGAGAUUGAGGCCCAGCUACAUUUGUCCUUACUGUGGGAAAGUGUUUGUGUUCCAGUCUCAGUACAGACAGCAUUUAAGAACACAUCCGACAGACAAAUCUGACCAGGACAUAGCAAGUGAGAGCAUCCUCUACCAGGAACAGGAUGAGAUCACUCAGCAGAAGAACACAGACACUGGUGUUUACUCCUGUAGACUCUGUAAUAUGAAGCUGUCAUCACUCUUUGAACAGGGCGAUCAUGAGAGAGGCUGUCGACAUGCAACUGUAUGCCCGUACUGUGGCCUCCGAUUCUCAAGUCCAACUGUGAAGAGGGACCACGAGACUCACUGCAAGUACAAGAAACUGACGUGCCUGGAGUGUAUGCGGACCUUCAAAUCCUCCUUCAGCAUAUGGCGCCACCAGGUGGAGGUCCACAACCACAACAUUAUGACGGUGAAGGACCAGAUUCACCUAAAGCACGAGGAGAACAGUGAGGAGGCGUCGGAAAUGCUCAGAGAGGAGCAUUAUAGUGAUGAGCCUCUGGCAACUGGGAGCUCGAGAGAGAACAUUGGUUAUAGUGACUCCUCAGGGCCAUACAUGUAUGAUUCAGAAGACUCGUCAUCCUAUGUGCCUGAGGACCUGAGCAUGGGUCACCAUGGCGAACUGGUGGUGAAGGAGGAGCCUUUAGAGGAGGCUGUGAGUGAGAUGGAAAAUACAGAAGCUGCCAAAAGUGGGUUUGAGGAGCCUGGUGUGUGGCCAUGCGAGAAAUGCGGAAAUCUUUUCAGCUCUCGCAAAGACCUGGAACGACACCAGGAGCUGCUAUGCCACAUCAAACCAUUCAUCUGUCACAUCUGCAACAAAGCCUUCAGGACCAAUUUCCGCCUUUGGAGCCACUUCCAGUCCCACAUGUCCACUGCAAACGAACCUGGAGCCAAAGAGUUCGACACACACCCCUCGCCCCUGUCUCCCUCCCCUCCCAUGACUCCUCAAAACCCUGAGCGCCACUCUCCGCAGGCCACCGUGCUGAAAUCCACGCAGCCACCGGCGACAGUUGCUGCAGAGAUAGCCGAGGAUUCCAGCAGCCCAGAGCCCUGCAGCUCAUCAGCAAGCAAGACGAAGAGACCCGAACUAGAACGGCAACCCAGCAGCCACAGCCCUCUGUCAAGGUCAGACAGCAUGGAGAACCCAGGUGGCACUCAGGAAUCAGACACACUCUUUUACCACGCACCGUCUCUCUCUGCCCUGACGUUUAAGAGGCAGUACAUGUGUAAACUCUGUCACAGGACCUUCAAGACGGCCUUUAGUCUCUGGAGCCAUGAGCAGAGUCACAAUCACAUGUAGACCAGUUGUGGCGGUGCAUUUUCAUGAGAGACGAUACAGAAUAUCGGAAUAAACACACCUCAGCCUACAAAAGGAAGACUUUGAAUGUAUAGCUUUUUCGCUUGCCUCCAAUGUCAUAUAUUAAAGUGGCCAUGCUCAUUAGAGGCGUAAACGUGAAUGUGCAAUCAAGUGCUAGAUCCCUGUGUGAGAUGAAAUGAUCAUAAAUGGUUUAUUUUCCUUUCAAAAUGAUCCGUUUAAAACCUCUUUUAGUUGUACACUAGUAUUUAUCUACCUAGGUGUUUUGAGAUAACAAGGUACAGAGUUGCACCAGUCGGCAAAUGGAGGUACAACUACAUACACUGUUGUCUCAGAGUGUGAAAAAAGUGCUUUAAAGUUUUGGAGCUGGCAGUUGAAUUGAAUAUUAGUGCUUUUCUGCUUUUGUGUCAGAUCUAUCUAUUGAUGUGAGUCACAUCCCUUUAGGUAAUAUUGGUGGCCUCAACAAUGUAUUCAAUAUGCACUUUGUUUAACACUUUCGUUGUUAUAUGGGGUGGUUCAUCCAAACUUGUAGCUAUAGAGGUUUUAGGCUGCAUAAGUAAAAAGGCCCAGCAGUAUGUUUUUUCUUUCUUCAUACUUAGCAUUCCUCUGAAAUUUGUUGUCUCAUAUUUGAGCCUCAGACUGAUUGACCUUCAGUAUAAACAAAGAUGUUCUAACACACAGUUGGCACAUCAGACUCACCUCAGACACCUCUGGUUUCAAACACUGCUUCUCAGUAUGCAGCCUUGAUUAAUUGCUUACACUCAGUUCUGAAAGGUCACUGUAUCUUCCUCAUUGUCAGGCUGGUGAAUCAUGUUAUUUUACAAAUGAUUGAGUCAGUGCAAUCAACGGUCAUGAGAUUUUAGAAGGAAAAAAAAAUGUCUUCACAGGUAAACACGUGUUUCCAAAUGUUGCUGAAGAAAAUCAAUUGUAAAUAAAAAAAAGAAGGUGCUCAGACCAGCUUAUUUGUAAAAAAGGGGUCAUAUUACCAGUGAAGAGAAUGGGCAGGGUCGAUUUGAUGGUAUCCUAAAUACUACAUUAACAUCAUUCAAGUAUUUGGCUCAUGACUUCACCUUCUAGAAAUCUGAAAUAUCCGCAGCGAGCAAACUUUCAGACAUCUUUGAUAAAAGCACACUGCAGUAUCAUAAUAUAACAUAUGGUUGAACUCAGUUAAUGAAUAUGAAACUUCUAAUAUUAAUUCGUGUAUAUUAGAUUCUACUCCUGCUUAAAUAAAGUCUCCUGCCCCAGUGCAGCAUUAGCAGUGUUAUGUAAAUACUCAUACACUGACAGAUUUGUGCAAUCGAUGUAAACCGAGCUUUACAAUGCUUUGGUGGCCUUAUGCAAAUUUUCAAAUGCUUUGUCGAUAUUGUUUCACAUGAAAGCACAACAGACGACUUACAACUCAGGCAUUUCGAUUAUUGGUGGUAUAGUGGAGAAGAGAGAGGCUGAUCUUUUUUCUUUUCUUUAAUGGUGAGAGAAUGUUCCUGCUUCCUAAAGGUUUAUUACUAACGAUUGUGUUUUGAUUGUAUUCCAGUUGUUCCACAGUUGUAUUCGCGUACUAGUAUAUUCUGCUUUCGCUUUAGCUUGACUGAUUGUCUUAAAUUAUUAAGAUUAAUUAUAUUUGGAAGAUGUUGAUUGCUCAACUAAAUUUGUUCUAUUGUUUUUCCUCUAAAUGAGUGACUCUAGCUGCAUUCAAAUUCAUUGGAGAGAUUCUGUAUUGCGAAAUAGUGCUCUUAAUUUCCUGUGAGAAACACUUUUAAGGUUUCACAGAAACGACUAGAAUUGUGUUUAUGGAAGUGUUUGUAUCUGCGAUUUUGUACCAAUUUUGUUAGUAAAGAAAAGUUUAUCUUUUUAGUAUUCCUGUGCUCUCACUGCAAUAAUGAUUACUGUUCUAUUUGUAUCAGCAUAGGUUGCAUUAUUGUUGCUUUUGGAGAUUUUGCAGUCGUUUUGUGCUUAGGUUUUUCUACAGUUUUUGUGCUUAAUUUCUGUAAUAAAGAGUGACAAUGGAGAAUACAUGUACAACCAAAA